CAUAUCCUUUCAUCUAUUCUAUUUUCUUCUUCUUCUUCAAACCUCUCUUAAAUAUUCAAAAAAAGAAAACAUAAACCCAUUAUUUAUUACAGUUUGGACAGAUUCCCCAUCAAUAUCAAAAUCAACUUGCCGUGCCCAUUGUUCCAAUCCUGAAACAAUAUCUUCCUUCACUGAUAAAACCACAUCAAAGUUUGGUUCUUUACAACAAAACCAUUUCUGGGUCAUAGUUAAUUUGUGUUGGAAAUCUUAAAGUUUGGUCCUUUAUAACAAAAACUCUUCUGGGUCUUUUUGUAUUUGUGUUGAUUAUUUCAAAGUUUGAUCCUUUUUUAGGAAAGCUUUUCUGGGUUUUUGAGGUUUUUGUGAUUUUAAGAAUGGCUGCUGCUACUAUUGUUAUUGGUGGUAACGGAGCUGGUGUUUCAUGGAUGCAAUUUGGAAGAAAGGAAACGAAACAAAAUAAGAUGAACAGAGUUAGAGUUUGUUGUUCAUCUUAUUCUUCUUCUUCUGUGACAGAUCCUUAUAAGAUAUUAAAGAUUCAAUCAGAUGCUUCUGAAUCUGAUGUUAGAAAGGCUUUUAGACAACUUGCUUUGCAGUAUCAUCCAGAUGUUUGCAGAGGAAAAGAUUGUGAUGUGCGGUUUCACGUAAUCAAUGAGGCUUAUGUUGUUGCGAUUACAAAUUUGAGAGAAGAAGCAAAGAAGAGAGAAACAUAUGAGAAGGAGAAGAAGAAGAAGAGGUGUUAUGAUGAUGAACCAUUUAGAGGAAAGAAUGAUCCAGAUUGGGGAUAUUGGGAAGAAUGGAUGGGUUAUGAAGGAGCAGGAGUUAGUAAUAGUGACUUCUCUAAUCAUAUUAAUCCUUUCAUUUGAUAAAGUUUAUGUUAGGUAGUGAUAGUAAUCUUUAUGUGCAUUAUUAUUAGUAGUAUUAUAGUUAAAAUGGGUCUACUCUAGACCUACUACUUGUCCCCAUCCAUCCAAAAGUGGUUGGUGCUUUGUAUAUAGUCCCUGUUGAUGUCAAUUUUUCUCUGAAUUAUUGAAAGUUGGCUUGUAAUUGUUAUGGUUAAAUACAAAUAAAAGUUAUUGUAUA